AUGGGACCAAUGUGUUCAAGUUCAUAAAUUAAAAGAAGAGAAUCAAAAUAAAUUUAAACUGAUUAAAUUGUUGAAUAAAUUAAUAAUAACACAAAUAUCUUAAAUAGCAUAAGCAUUGUAAUUGAGUUGAUUUACGAUAUUAGUAUCAUUGAUAUGGAGAUAUAUUAGUAAAUGAUCUUGAUUUGUAAUAAAAGCAAGAUAUAUAUGUUGAAGAAUAGAUUAAGAUUGAAGUGAAUUAAGAAGUUGAAUAGUAACUUGAGAGUUCUGUUUCUGAAUAAUCACAUUAUACUAUAAUUCCAUCUCAAAAUCCACCUCCUUCAAUAACUUUAGAAAAUGAAUAAGAACCUUAUUCAUAAUUGCUGUAAAGUAUGAUAGUGAAAAAGAAAGACAAAUUAUAGGUAAUGUAAUAAGACAUCUAAUUACUUGAUUAUUCACCAAUCAAAUAAGAAUUCAAAUCUUAAAGUUCUGAAAUCAUUUAAUCAGUUGAACCAUUUAAUUUAGAUCUUGAAUCAUCUUCAUCUUCUGAAUCAAUUUAAUGGAACCAGGAGUAUACUAUAGAUAGCAAUGGAGAAAUUUUAGUAACUGGAGUUGUUAAUUGA